UUUUUCCUCUUCCUCUGUGGUCGUUGAUCGGAAAUGCUGUCGACAGGCGGGAACUUGAAAGUUUGAGUAGGUUUAGGUUAAACAAUAUUCCCGUUUUAGCGCCGUAAACUGUUUUUAUUGAAUUAAAGAGGCAUCUUUCGUGGGAGCACGCUUUAGCUCGUUACCCGCUGUUAUUUGUCAGGAUGGGAGACAGAAAUCUUGUUCAGGACUUGAAACGCUGGGCGACAGAGGAGUUUGGGCUGCCCCCGGACAGGCUGCCUAAUGACAGCUAUUUUAAAACACUCUGUGUUGGGACGGGGAAGUCGAUAUGGAAAUAUGUCACCCAGCAUGUUUUCCAGCAAAGGAAUGUGAGGAUCAUGCGUGGCAAUCUUCAGUGGUAUAAAUCGCUUCAAGACAAAGAGUCUUGUCAGGCUGAGGGCCAGAGUGAGGCUGCAAGGCGUAAAGAUCUCCAGAAGAAGAUAGAGCAGCUGAAAGAAGAGAUUAGUCACCUGGACUCUCAGAUGAGUGUUACAGAGGAGCAGAUGGCCACACAAGAGAGCUCUAUCAGUCGAACCUGGGCCCAGGUGGAAGACGGCCAACGCAGAGAGCUGCUGCUUCAGGCUUUCAGGCAGCGCUGCAUCUCGAGCUGCAAGGAUCUUUCUGAUGAUGUCCAACAGAUCAGUGUGCACUGCCAGGCUCUGGAACAGAUGGCCAGAAAAGCAGAAAUUGAAGUGCUGUUUGAUAAAUCUUCUUGCAACAGCCUCAAUGUCAAAGUGGCAACAGAGGCACAAGUUCUGCGCGAUGUGAGAGAGCUGUGUGACGACAGGGUCCACUUCUAUCAGUCUUUACAAGAGUGCGAAUCGAAAACACAGCACUCUGCAGCCACACAUAUGACCCGUGAGCAGCGGACUGCUGUAUUCCAGUACUGGCUGAGUGCUGUUGAGAACGUGUUGGGUACUUACCCUCCAAACCAUGUUCUAUCAGCGCUGCAGUAUUUGGCUUCAAGAGAGCAGAAGGUAUUGGAGGAGAAACUGUCGUCUCUGGACGUGACACGGGAUGUAACAGCUCUGCAGUUCCGCUAUGAAAGCGAUCACCUUCUGGAUAUGUCAGCAGAAGAGGAAAAUGAGUUGCCACCAGUUAAAACCCUCUUAGAGGCUGCUUGGGAAGAAGUGGAGCAGAACUUGGUGGAACUGGCCCAGACUCGCUCCAGAGUCCAGCAGCUCAAAAACCAGCUGCAAACCCGUAAGAAGGACGCUGAGCUCGAGGUGUCCAGUAUUAGAGAUGAGCUCCAGGAUGAUUCCUUGGCACUAUCAGCUCUCGAGGUGGAACUGCAGUGUGUGAUGCAGGCAGCCGCCAGGGAUUAUAUCAGAGACCGCUGCAUCCAACUUGACCAACAUGCCCAAAGUCGACAGGAGGCGCUAAGAAGCCUUCGCAGGCAGUGGCAGAGCAUACUGGACUUCAGACAACUAGUGCUUCUCAGACAAGAGCAGAUCAGAGGUCUGAUUAAGGGGAACUCGACAGCCAAGACGCAGCUGAUUCAUCUUCACAGAGAGUUAGAGGAAUUCAUCCAGGCAAAACUAGUGGCACAGUUUGAAGAUGUGACCACUGCAGCCAACAGUCUAAGGAACGCUGUGUCUAAGGAGGCCAGACAGAUGGGAACAGUUUCACUUCUUUCACUGGACCGCAGAACUAUCGAAGGUAUGCAACGAAUUCCUGCAUCGUGGUUGUCCAUCCAUCGCUUGCGGUCCCCGACCUUCAGCAGCGUGUGUCAGAGUCUGGCAUUCCCUCUGUACAAGGCUCCGGAGGAGUUGUGUUCCCGAUCUCGCUCACAACAGCUUGAGCUGCGUUUUCUUCGUCAGUUACUUCAGCUUCACUCUGCCACUCUGCAGAAGAUAAAGAAGGAAGCGGAUCAGCUGGAGGCAUCUGAUCAAAAGGCUCUCCUGUCCAGAGUCAUGGAGGAGGACCAAAAGCUUCUUAAGUCUUUGGUACCAAGAGUCCGAGGGCUCACUCACCGCUGUGCACAGGGCCUUUCUUAUGGGGACCAAGUCAAAACCGCCAUCUCUUAUUGGUGGGAAAGGCCAGCCCAGCAUGUCCUUCCCGAGGUCAGUAAAGGAGGACUGACUUUUCAGCAGUGGUUACAAAGGUGGAAACUAGCAGCAAAGUCCCCAUAGUUUAAUACUGUGAUGGAUUCCUUUCAGUGGUAGAAUGAACACUGUGUUGUAGAUAUUUAAUGCACAAAUUGUGUUUGUUUGUUUUUUCUCUCAUUUGUCAUCAUUACUCCUAAUGUCUUACCAUGUGUAAAUCAGUCACUAAUAAACCCUUUCGAAGCAAAA